AUGGAGACCGACUAUACCUCAUGGUCCAAUGCAGACUUGGUCAAGCGAGUGAGCGAGCUCGAAGCACAGCUGCGGGCUCAAAACACUCUACACUCUACACCACUUCGAGCCUCCUCGCUUGAGGCAAAGAAGAAACCGAAAAAGGCUCCGAAACCCUUCGACCCAAAUCGAUAUACUUUCCGCAAGAUAGCUUUGAAAUUCGCAUAUUUGGGCGGUAACUACAAUGGAUACGAACAUCACACCAACAAUAUCACACCACUGCCGACGAUUGAAGAGACACUGUGGAGGGCGUUGAGGAAGACACGCUUAAUCUUUCCUACCUACAAGCCGGGACAAAACGAAGAGGAUGUCAAUUGGGAGGGUUGCGAAUACAGCAAGUGUGGCAGGACAGAUCGUGGUGUAAGUGCUUUUGGGCAGGUGGUUGGUAUCAAAGUCAGAAGCAAUCGACCCAAAGCCGUAGUACCGGCAAUACCUACAGAACAAGCGAAUGAAGCCGACAAGGAUGGAGAGCAUAGCGUUGGCGUGGAGAGUCCAGCGCCAGAGUUUGAUCCAAUUGCGGACGAGCUACCCUACAUUCAACUUCUCAAUCGCGUUCUUCCCCCAGACAUUCGAGUCCUUGCAUGGUGUCCCGCGCCCAGCCCAGAUUUCUCUGCCCGUUUCAACUGCAAAGAAAGAAGGUAUCGCUACUUCUUCACAAAUCCGGCUUACAUGCCGCUGCCCGGCAGUAGACCUGAUAAGCGGCGCGGGCCUGAAGACGGCUGGUUGGAUGUCGAGGCAAUGAAUGAGGCCGCAAAGAAGUAUGAGGGUUUGCACGACUUCCGCAAUCUUUGCAAAAUCGAUGCAAGUAAACAAAUCACAAAUUUUGAGCGCAGAAUCUUCCACGCUGGCAUUCACAAAGUUGAACCAAGUCUGGAGACCUCGGAUGACAACCAAGCGAUUCCUUCUCCUCAGCUUUACUGGUUCGAGGUCCGUGGAAGUGCUUUCCUUUGGCACCAAGUCCGGCAUUUGGUAGCUGUCCUGUUUCUCGUCGGCCAGGGGUACGAAGAGCCUAGCAUCGUGGACGAUCUGCUCGACAUGCAGAAGACACCUGCACGACCAGUGUACGAAAUGGCUAGUGACAUCCCGCUUGUGCUUUGGGACUGUAUUUUCCCCAACGCCGAGGGUCUCGCAUCCGCCGAUCAUGCCGAUGGUGAGAAGAAUCCGUCUGGCUACCAUGACAGCAUGGAGUGGAUUUAUGUCGGGGACGAACGUGGUGGACGUGAUCAGUCUAAGCGCGCUCUGAUUGCUGUGGAGGAUGGCAAGCAUGGUCGAAACGGCAUCAUGGAGGAGUUGUGGGCUUUAUGGCGCCAGCGGAAGAUGGACGAGGUGCUGGCCUCGAGUCUGAUGUCUGUCGUCUCGACGCAGGGUGGAAAGCUAGAACCCACACAUGUAGAAGCCCGACUUGACUCUGAAAGGAGCGCUCGCUUGUUCGAUGGAAGCGAGUUUCCUCGAACCAUCGGCAAGUACGUAAAGGUGGCGAAUCGCGAGCGCCUGGAAACUCCCGAUGUUGUCAACGCAAGGUAUGCGCUGCGGAAAGGUCUAGAUUCGAAUGGUAGGCGUCCAUCAAAUAGUGCGGUGGAUGCGGAUGAAUAG